GAAGUUACGUGGUCGGCCGGGGGCCAGCUAAAUCGUGGUGGUCAAAAUGGAUGACGGGUAUAGAAAGAAGACGGUGUCUGAACCUUUUUGAGCUGAAGGUGCAUUCAAGACGUUGUUGUUGCCUGGUGAGUAAAACAAUAUGAAUCCGCUAAGUUCAGAGAAGGAAGUCUUGAUUGAUGAAAUCGAACAGAGCUUAUUUACAUUAACCGAGGACAAUUUACGUUUCCUCUGUGGACGUGAAAAAGACUGCAAAGAUGGAUCCGAAUUUAAAGCCAUGAAUCAUCGCUUACUGAGGCGGAAAAUCAUGAAGGAAAUGUGGGAGAAUACAGAUUCGAUGAAGUCGGAUGAGCAGGGCAUGUCGUGGUUACUCCGACUGAAGGAGGACAUCAGGCGGUUGCUGGAGGAUGGUACCUCUUUACCCACAAGUCGCAGCAGGGCGGGUUGCCAUGCAGAUCAUGGUGGUGAAGACCGCAUUGAACAAUUCGAAUGGUGUCCUAGCAACGGGUUGAAGCCAGCUCCCGGGCAGGAACCACCGCAGCCCACCUCCGGCCUUCCCAAAUCCCAGGGUUAUCUUCCCUCCACUAGCCCCUUGCUGCUGGGUCUGAAGAGGGUGUCUGUGCACCUGGUCGACUGCAGGAAAAUGCUGGGGCAGAGUGACCAUAUUAUACACAAGACAACACACUCUGAUAAACAUCCCUGCGGCUCGUCUAUUGCUGAAAAGCACAACAAAACUGUGUCAGAAAUGAGGCCGGAAUCUCAUAUCUGUGAUCACUGUGGAAAGGAUUUUGUUACAGCAAUAAAUCUACAUGUACAUGUACAAUACCUUAAGAGGUCGAGUGAUUCCGUGACUGCAGGGAAACCACACGUUUGCAUUCAAUGCGGAAAAGGAUUUUCUCAGGCUGGCAGUCUUAAGAUACAUUGGAGAACUCAUACUGGGGAAAAACCGUACGUUUGCCAACAGUGUGGGAAGGGUUUCACUGAAUCUGGGCCACUCAAAAGACACAUUAGAUCUCACACAGGUGAGAAACCUUUCCACUGCCAUCUUUGCGGAAAGGAUUUUAUUGAAUCUGGAGGCUUGAAAAAACACACCAAAAGAGCUCAUCCAGGAGAGGAGGCAAUGAUGGUCCCUCAGAGGAGCAUCCCAAGAGGAGAAAACCUCUCUUACCAUUGCUCCAAAGACGACUGUAGGAUGAGCUUUGCCACCUCGCGCGAACGGCGAGUACACCAGAGAAAACACAUCCAAGAGAAGCUUCUUAGCAUGCCUAAUACUAAGCAACACAAGGAAACCCUCUCAGCAGAUAGCUCCCAUAUCUGUGAUCACUGUGGGAAAAACUUUACGGCAAGAAAUUUAAAACGACACUUGCAGUAUCUGCAGAGAAGCCAAAAUGUCAAGAAAUCUCAUGUGUGUACUGAAUGCGGAAAGGGAUUCCCUCUGCCUGGCAGUCUCAAAAGACACCUGAGAACUCAUACUGGGGAGAAACCGUAUAUUUGCCAUCAUUGUGGGAAGGAUUACAACGAUUCUGGAAAUUUAAAAAGACACAUUAAAACGCACAUUGGUGAGAAACCUUACCACUGUUCAGACUGUGGAAAGAAGUUCCGUGUUAAAAUAAGCCUGGAACAUCACAGAGAAGUUGUUCACACAGAACACCCUCACCGCUGUGGUCAAUGUAAAAAGACCUUCAUAACUGUAGCAAGACUGGAAUCACAUAUAAAAAUAAGACACCCGCCAAAUGAUCCUCUCAAAAACCCACACGUGUGCUCAGAAUGUGGAAGGGGAUUUCCCAUAGCUGCCCGUCUUAAAUUACACAUGAGAAUCCAUACUGGGGAGAAACCGUAUGUCUGCCCUCGUUGCGGAAAGGAUUUUACUCAAUCUGGACUCUUACAGAGACACAUGAGAACGCACACAGGAGAGAAACCUUACCACUGCUCAGUGUGCGGAAUGAAGUUUCGUUGUACAAAGACGUUACAACGACAUCACCAGGAGAACCACAAGGGGGAGACACUGGGGCCCAUCCGUAUGCAUCAGGAGCCUCUUCCGUGCCCCCACUGUGAGGAGAAGUUCCCUACCAAGGCUCUUCUGAAGGAUCACCUGCAGAAGACCCACAAUAGUAGAGUACAUUGUCCACAAUGUGACAAGACCUUCUCCACUAAAGCUAAUUUACUUGUUCAUCAAAGGAAACACACUGGUGAGAGACCUUACCUUUGCCCUCAGUGUGGAAAGAGUUUCUCUUUGACUGGGAGCUUAAAACUUCAUCUCAGGAUUCAUGCAGGUGAAAAGCCUUACCACUGUACUUACUGUGAUAAAAAAUUCACAAGUAAGAGCCACUGCAACCUUCACCUGCGAAUCCACACUGGAGAGAAGCCGUACCAAUGUUCUGACUGCGGGAGGAGGUUUCGUGACGGGAAUGUCCUUAACAACCACAAGCGGACCCACACAGGAGAGAAACCGUUCCAGUGCCACGAGUGCAACAAAGCCUUUGCCCAGUUGAGCAGUCUGAAGAAACAUCAGGAGACACACCGGUCUUCUCAGCCUGUCUCUGUCCGAAAUCCCUACCUGCCUCACAAUCAGCCCCUCCCAUAUCCCUACUUGUCUCACAAUAAGCCCCUCCCACAACCCUACCCACCACAGACUUCAUGCUACCGAGUCGGCCCGAUGGGCUUGGUGUUGGGUGUUUGCCAGUGCUGCCAGAGCCCCUGCUUGCGGAUGAAGGCCCUCCCACACUCGGUGCAUUGUUGGGUUUCUCUCCGGCGUGGGUCCUGAGGUGCACUUUGAGGUCAAAUCCUCUGGGGUAAGUCUUGCCACACACUGAACAGAGGAGACGCUUCUCACCGGAGUGAGAUCUCGUUUUUGUGUGUUUCUGGGAAGUAAGGUUUUUCCUUGCCACAAACUUUGCAGCUGUGAGAUGUGACGGAUGUGUCUUUCUCCCGGUGGUGUUCAGGAUCUCCUGACGCUGAGGGACCGUGCUCACCAAUGGACCAAGAACCAGGAUAAUCUCCUGGGGAUGCGGUGUAGUUAGUGGAAUUCCAAUUUGGGGUGUGAUUUCUAGCUCAAAUUCUAACAUUUUAC